AUGUCAUCAGUCGACAAGAAUGUCAAAUUGAGUUGUUCAGAGAAGUCACAACAACAACUUGGAGAAGAUGAAAAUUUCUUAAGUGUUGAAGAGAAGGCAAAAUUAGUCGUGUGGAGUGGAAGACAACACAUGAAAGCGGUGUUUGACAGUGAAGUAGAUUGUAUGGGGCGUGGGAGUGCAAAAUUCUAUAAAACGAUCAGUCGCUGUGAUGGUGUUGUGAUAGUGAUAGACAGUACAAAUGGGUGUCGUUUUGGUGUGUUUGUAGCAGCAAAAGUCGAGAAGAAUGGGGAGUACAUAACUGACGAAAAUGCUUUUGUGUUUCUUCUUCGUGACAAUGGAAAAGAGAAAAUGAGAAAUUUUUAUCAAAGAAAAGAAAGAGGCGUUUUGUGUUGGUGUUUUGAAUUCAAGUUGUUUGUUCACAGCAGGUAA